CUGUGUUGAAGGGGGUAUUUCAAUAUCGAAGAGAAUAUUUUACAGUUUAUCCAGGUUGAAAUGACGAAAAUUUGAGCUUGAUAGUGGAAUGUGAGGGUUUAUAUAAGGGACAGGAGCCACCCCAUAAGAUCAGACUAUGAAUGGCGUCUCAUGCCCCCAAAAAUCGAUACCGCCUCCAGCAUUAGUUCCUUGUAGAUGGCGCUGAGUUCCACUUCUCCAUGAAUAAACCCUCAGCCACGCCAGUCCAUUUAGGGGAUCAAAUCAUCAGGGAGUUCCGAUUGGUGUCUGAAUCCUAUCUGAGAAAAACUUGGAGUGAUCAUGGAGCUUUUUUUUCCCGUUUUGAUUUGGUCUUUUUUCGUUGUGUGUAACGCUGUUCUGGGUGCUGAUCAGCAAACUUCGCAGACUUCAAAAGCUACCACAGAGGGUGUGAAAUACUCUAGCGAGUAUCCAGAAUUCGAAACUAGCGUCCAGAAGGCCCUGUCAUGGCUGAUUACCCAGAGGGAGGUGGAUUGGGGUUGGAGAAACGACACUGCCAAGGUGUUGACAGCCCUUAAACUGGCCUCGAUACAAGAAGAUCUGGAUCCCAUUUUACCCACGCAGCUCGAAACAGAACUUUCCGCCAAACAGCUGGAAAUAGAGAUCGUCAUAUUGCUAUGGAGACAUAGGGAAAUUCCGAUAACUCCACCAAAGCUAGCCCAAUAUGCACUAGCAGUGAGUGCCCUGUGCAAGGAUCCAAGGGAGUUCCAUGGACAUGAUCUCAUAAGCACCCUGCAACACCAUGAACCAGUACACGACUUGGAGUUUGCUUACGCUAGCUUAGCAGCUUGUAGCGCCAAAUCUCAUGUCAGGAAGAAGCAGAUAAGAAGGCUUUUGGACAUUGCCAACACUGCUAAAGACCAUAACAUAGAUACGGUUGCCAUGACAAUAUUGGCUCUGCGCUGCAUAGUCAAGGACCACAGGCACAGAAACUUGCAGCAUUCCCUGCGUAGACCAUCGAUCAGUCUGGCCAGACAGCAGCAUAGCGAUGGUGGCUUUGGAAACAUCUACAAUACAGCUAUUACCAUGCAGGCCCUUCAAGAAGUGCCAGAAAGCAACUCAAACUGGAACAGAACGGCUGCAAAGGCUUACAUAGAGAGUCGUCAGGACCCCGAUGGUGCUUUCACAGAUCCUGGACUCACAGCUGACGCCUUGAUGGCUUUGCUCGGCAAAGGACUCGGUGCCAUAAGGACAUUAGAUUGCGGUAAACUAGAUCCAGACUUCGAUAACCAUGUCGACAUAGACCUGGCCAAAUCGCUCUCAUCUCAUGGCAAUGAUUCUGAGAUAAGGAACGUCACAGUGACUUACACCCUCUGGGUAGGUUCCAACAUAACAGAAAACUCUACCAUAUCCAUCAUGGCUCCCAGAAACACCUCUUUCUACAACGUUAUGCAGAUGGCGAUGGAACAAGAUCCACACUUCACUUUCGAAGCAUCCGAGUGGCCGAAUGGUCACUAUGUCCACACCCUUGCUGGGUACAAAGAGGAACCUAUGGGGUACCACUACUGGCUACUCUACAGGCUGCCUGAAUUUCCCGACCCCAGUGCUCCUCCAGCCAACCAGCUAGUCGCUCCAGUCGGCGUUGACGAGCUCUUGAUAGAGGAAGGAGAUCACUACCUCUUCUGGUACAAGAAACUGUAAACAGGAAAGUGCGUACCUAACGAUAGACAUUCUCAAAUGCGAAAAAAGUUGUUGUUGUGUGAAUUGCGUAUUUUGAUAACUGCGAAAUGACUGCUGAACCUUUCAACCUACUACCUAAACCGUAGGCUUCUAGAUUUUUGUAAACUCCUCUAUCCAAGCAAUUUCUUCGUGGAUCCUCGACUGCCUUCUUUAUUUGGUGACCUGACUACGUGAGGGAGAUUUGGCCCUGUGGGGCGGGCCGUCUAGAAUAGCCCCACAGCAGUCCCAGCUUGUCGUAAGAGGCGACUAAAGGGAGUUUAUGCCUUCGGUUUCCUUACAUUUUUUUUUCUGGAAUCUUAAGGUGCUUUGAGGUUCUUUUAGUUCGGAUCUCCAAACCCCCUCCACAAGACCGGCUCGCUGAAAAACAUGGCGUUUUCUUCUUGAAAUCAACCGGAUAACCGAUUUCCACAUUUUAUUUUCAAAUUCGAAAUUGACAUUCGAAGAAUUAUCCUUGCUUUAUACGACUCCUUGUUUGGGUACAGGUUUUUGAGGGGGUGAAGGGUGUUGAAUUGUAUGCCUCUAGUAAACUACUGGGAAUAAGCCAAUUGACUACCUCAAAACCGGUUCAAACCACAUCUCAGGUGAUCCAUUCUUACCCUAUAAAUUAAAUGAAAAAUAUCAAGAAUGAAUUCGAGGAAAUAUUAGGAAAAAACUAAAGUGAAUUGAAUAGAUGAAAACUAAUUCGAGAAUAUCGCAGAAAAGGAAAGAAAUUAAAAAAAAAAUUGCUUGUUUCAAGUUUAAAAAAAUGUUUUGUUUAUAGAUUCGUUCUGAAAAUU